AUGUUAGAAGAUAAGAAUGCAAAAGAGAAUGCAAAAGAGAAUGAUGUAGAGAAUGUUGUAGAGGAUGUUGUAGAGGAUGAAGAAAAGGGUGAAGAAAAGGAAGAGGACAAGACUCAAGCUAGUGGCGCAACAGUUGACAAUAAUGAUGCUACUAAUACCAGAUUUACUUUGAAUAACUUUUCUUUGGAUCAAGAUAAGAAUGCAAAAGAGAAUGCAAAAGAGAAUGAUGUAGAGAAUGUUGUAGAGGAUGUUGUAGAGGAUGAAGAAAAGGGUGAAGAAAAGGAAGAGGACAAGACUCAAGCUAGUGGCGCAACAGUUGACAAUAAUGAUGCUACUAAUACCAUAGCUCAGACUGAAUUAAAACAAACUGAACCUCCUACUAUUCCUGUUAGUAAAUUUUAUCCUGAUGGAAUAUAUCCAGAAGGAGAAAUAUGUGAAUACAAAAAUGACAACCUUAAGAGAAUCACAAAUGAAGAAAAAAGAAACCUUGACAGAAUGCUUUUUGAUGGUUAUAAUGACAUUCGUCGUGCUGCAGAAGUACAUAGACAGGUACGUAAACAUGCUCAAAAAACUAUUAAGCCAGGAAUGACAAUGAUAGAAAUUUGUGAGUUAAUUGAAAAUUCGACUCGGUUAUUGAUAGAAGAAAAUGGAUUGUCAGCAGGAAUCGGUUUUCCUACUGGUUGCUCACUAAAUAAUUUUGCAGCACAUUAUACACCAAAUUCUGGAGAUAAAACAGUGCUACAAUAUGAUGACGUUUGUAAAAUUGAUUUUGGGACACAUGUUAAUGGUCGUAUUAUAGAUAGUGCUUUUACGCUAGCCUUCAACCCAGUUUAUGAUAAUCUUAAAGCUUCUGUUAAAGAUGCUACAAAUACUGGUGUUAAAGAGGCAGGUAUUGAUGUAAGAUUGGGUGAUAUCGGGGCAGCUAUCCAAGAAGUUAUGGAAAGUUACGAAGUUGAAAUAAAUGGAAAAACACAACAAGUUAAACCAAUACGUAAUUUACAUGGACAUUCAAUACUUCCAUAUCAAAUUCAUGGAGGUAAAUCAGUUCCUAUUGUCAAAAAUGGAGAUCAAACCAAAAUGGAGGAAGGAGAAUAUUUUGCUAUUGAAACAUUUGGAAGUACGGGGAAAGGGGUUGUUCAUGAAGAUGGAGAAUGUAGUCAUUAUGCAAAACGACAAAAUCUUGGACAUAUUCCUUUAAGGGUUGCAAGAACAAAAGCACUUUUAAAUUCAAUCAGCAAAAAUUUUGGUACACUUCCAUUUUGUCGUCGUUAUCUUGAUCGAGUGGGAGAGACAAAAUAUGCAUUAGCAUUAAAGAAUUUGGUUGAUGCAGGUGCAGUGGAAUCAUAUCCGCCACUGGUUGAUAUUAAAGGUUCAUAUACUGCCCAGUAUGAACAUACAAUAGUUCUAAGACCUACAUGUAAAGAAAUACCAUAUUUAUAUAAAGUAUAUUCAUCAAAUGAUACAGAUAUGAAAGGGUAUCUGACAUAUUACACUACAUACGUUAGUUUGAAUCAAUUAGAAAUUUUAAAGAGUUUGCCAACAGAUUCAGAAAUCAAGGGAAUAAUUCAUAUUGCAUAUAAACAAGCAACAGCUCUUGCAAAGAUUCUCAUGAUGAAAGAUUGA